UCGUCUCCGUCCACCACCGUCGCUCCCCCCCUUUUGCGUUUCUCUCCACGCCUCUCUCACUUUCUCUCUCCUCCCCCUUUUAAAAUCCACGCUGCUCUUUUUUUUUCUCCAUUUCUUCCUUUCUUCCUUCUCUAACUAACUACUAAUUUCUCUCUCCUCUCACUAUAUAAUUCUCUCUCUAUAAACUAUAAAAAUAUAAACUAUAAACAUAGUUUUUUUGCUGCCAUGCUUGAAAGAUCAAGGCUAUUUUCGGAAGAACAACAACAAGAUCAGUGAUUUUAAUUUCCCCCAUUUUUUACUUGGGAUUUGGUUGAUUUUUCACCCAAAAAAGAAAAAUUAAAGUUAAUUGCAAGUCAUAUGGCAGGCAGUAAUGAAAUCAACGUCAAUGAAUGCAAGAAAGUAGUACCAUUAAACACAUGGAUUUUGAUAUCAAAUUUCAAGCUUGCAUACAAUCUACUUCGACGGCCAGAUGGAACAUUCAACAGAGAAUUAAGCGAGUUUCUAGACCGGAAAGUGCCACCUAAUACAAUCCCGGUUGAUGGGGUGUUCUCUUUCGACAUUUUCGAUAAGUCGACGAAUCUUCUAAACCGGGUUUACAUGCCGGCUACAUCGGAAAACGGACCUCAAUGGGGUAUUGUAGAGCUCGAAAACCCGUUAAGUACUGAGGAAAUAGUACCAGUAAUAGUCUACUUCCAUGGUGGUAGUUUUACUCACUCUUCAGCCAACAGUGCUAUCUACGACACCCUCUGUCGCCGCCUUGUCGGUCUCUGUAAGGCGGUUGUAGUAUCGGUAAACUAUCGUAGGUCGCCGGAGCAUAGAUACCCGGCCGCGUAUGAUGAUGGGUGGUCCGCAGUGAAAUGGGUGAGUACAAGGCCGUGGCUUCAAAGCGGUAAAGAAGGUAACAGAAAAGUUCAUUUGUACAUGGCUGGGGAUAGCUCCGGUGGCAACAUUGCACAUCAUGUAGCGGUUAAGGCGGCGGAGGAAGGUGUGGAUGUGAUUGGAAACAUAUUAUUACAUCCUAUGUUUGGUGGGGAAAAGAGGAUGGAAUCAGAAACAAAUUUAGACGGGAAAUACUUCGUUACAGUACAAGAUCGAGAUUGGUAUUGGAGGGCGUAUCUACCAGAAGGGGAGAAUAGAGAUCAUCCGGCGUGUAAUAUAUUCGGGCCGAGAAGGAAAGAGGUAAAAGGGAUAAACUUCCCAAAGAGUUUAGUGGUUGUAGCAGGGUUCGAUUUGGUACAAGAUUGGCAAUUGGCUUAUGUUGAAGGGCUUAAAAAUGCAGGACAUGAGGUGAAACUUCUAUACUUAAAACAAGCAACAAUUGGGUUCUACUUCUUGCCAAAUAAUGACAAUUUCUAUACUCUUAUGGAAGAGGUUAAGAAUUUUGUGAAUCCUAACUGUUAAUACUAAGCUAGUUUCCCUUUGUCCUAAUCUUAGAGAAUAGAGAUCAAAUCAGAUCAUCCCUUAUUCCCUUCCGUUAUACAAAUGACAAAAACAGCUUUUGACAUUUUCACUUUUGAUUUGGGUCUUUUUUUCUCCCCCUUUUGAAGUUGUUGGUGUGUAGUUAACCAAGUAAGAUAGGUGGUUCAUUUGCUUAGUACUAGUAUAAAAGAUGUAUUAGUGUUACUAGCUACUCCGUACUCAAUCUCAUUAUUGGUGCUGAUUCGAUCGAGAUCGCUCAAAUGUUGGUUUCAUCAGCAAAAUUCGACAGAAACUAGUCCUUCACCUCUCAGAAAAGGAGGGUUUGAACUUUGACACCAGUCAAUUCGGCAAAGGUUGGUGUUUGUUUAGGGGGAGGUACGUUUAAUGGGUUUCUGUAAUUGGGUAUUGUUAAACUCUCCAUAAUGUGCUAAUUUUAGAGGAAAAAAACAUGGAUUUUGUGGGCAUAAAAAUCCAUGCCUUUAAUGUAAUCCUAUACAGUUGUUGUUUCUAGAUUAUUAAGUGAACAAGUAUUAUAAAAGGAGAUUUUUGUUUAAUUUUCUA